AUGUCUACUGAAAAUAAAGCUAAACUUUACAAAAAUGCUGGAAAACCUGAUGAUUUGCGUCGUCGUCGAACUGAAACUUCGGUUGAACUUCGCAAACAGAAGGGAGAUGAUGCGAUGAUGAAACGUCGAAAUUUAACUGUAGACCUUAAUGAGUCAUACAAUUCUGCGUCUGAUACUGAAGAACAACCAAAAGACAAACAAGUUCAACAGUCACCUGAACGGAAACUGAUGACAAUUGAGGAAGCUGCUUCAAUUCUUCAAGCUCAGCCAACGAUUGAACAAAUUCGAGAUGCCUUUGAAGCGGUCCGCAGAACACUUUCUCGUUCAGCAGACCCACCUAUAGACCAUAUUAUUCAGUCUGGCUUUCCUCUGGCUUUGGUUCAAGCUUUGUCUGAUGAAAAAGUCCAAUUUGAAGCAGCCUGGGCUAUUACUAACAUUGUUUCUGGUAACUCUCGUCAGACGGCUGCGAUGGUGGAUGCUGGAGUAAUUACUCCACUUCUUCAUAUUAUUUCAAUCUCAUCAUUAAAGCUAGCGGAACAGGUUUUAUGGGCUAUUGCAAAUAUUGCUGGUGACAGUGUUCGAAUGCGAGAUGCUCUAUUUUCUCAAGGGAUUGUUCCAAUUCUUGUUGAAUUGACAAAGAAAGUUACUCCUGACUUUGACCCUCCUUUUGCUCGUAUUCUUGCUUGGACUAUUUCAAAUUUGUGUCGUUAUAAGAAGCCGCCGACUCCUUUUGAAAUUUUGAAACAAUUUGCACCUUCAAUCUCUAUUUUGCUUAAACACAAUCACAAAGUGACGGUAAGUCUGGCCAAGUUGUGUUUGGGCUAUUUUCUUUCAAAAAAUCUUUUAUUUGUUUAUAAUUAUUUUUUUAAAGCUUGUUGGGCUCUUUCAUAUUUAACUGAUGGAACUGACGAGAACAUUCAACUAGCAAACAAAGAGAAUGUUAUGCCUUUGCUAAUCGACUUUAUCAACUCUGGCCAGAAUUCGCUUGUUUCGCCUGCUCUUCGUACUGCAGGAAAUUUCGCUACUGGAAGCGAUGAAUUGACUUCUGUUGUUAUCAAUAGUGGAAUUCUUACGAAUGCAGCACCUCGUUUGUUAAAUUCUGAGAAUACUGGAUUUGCUAAAGAAUGUUGUUGGCUUCUUUCAAACAUAUUGGCUGGAAAUGCGGAACAAAUACAGGCAUUUUUAGAUUUUUAUUUUUCGAGGUUAUUGACGCCAAAUUACUCCCUAUAAUAUUUCGAAUUCUUGAACAUGGUGAACACAAACUUCAAUGCGAGGCUGGAUGGGCAGUUGCAAAUUUAGCUCAUGGGGGUGCAGUCAAUCAAAUUUUGGCGAUUUUGCGUGUUAAAGGUUCUAUUGAAGCAAUUUGUAGCAAUUUGGCG